AUGGCUUCGGUGCAUCUCGAUGAAUUUGCGAUACGAGCAGUUGGACUUGCUCAUGAGGUAGUCAAACACGGCCUUUGUCCUACGUGUCGACACUGGGUCUUGGAUGUUUCUAAUUUUGACGUCGACGUCCUUCUGAGCCCACUUGAUCUUGAAGGGUUCUUUGCGCAACUCUAUAGCCGAACAUCAUGUGCGUGUAUCGGCCUGAAAAUGGGCGGAAAGGACGAAGAGCGUAGAUUUCGUCCAUGGUAAGAUUUUGGAGAGCAGGUGGAAUCCUUCUCAGGUGUGGGACCUUGUAGCGGCCACCUGUACACAUACAUGAUCUUGAACUGGUUGGCUGCGUCAGUUUCCGGAAGGCAGGCAAAAUUUUUUUUGAUUGCAGGAACCCACAACAGCGACAGUAGGUCCAGCUUCCAUGUUUGGCCCAAAACUUAAGGUCCUCGGCAAUUUCUGUAAAUACGCGUCUCGACUUUUAGACUGUCUAGGCACUCGGAAACAGUAAAGAAAUUCUUCUUUGCGUGUGGCUUUUUUCCGCAGACGUUCAGAGCGCCGAGCAGCGAGUGUUUCGUUUAGUUGGCGGAGAUUGGUCGACUGCAAAAUCAGGUGUGAGGGAUGCUGUUGCCAAUGUCGUUGGCUGGACUCUUUUGUCCAUUUUCGUUGAGGCAUUUCUGAGAACCGAAUCAAACGCAUCCGUUGUACUAGGUUUGCAACAUGAACAAAGAUACACAUGGCCGCGCCAACAUAAUAUGCACAUUGAAAAAAAGGUGCCUUUUCACAUGAACAACAUUACAGGUAUUACCACGGAGACAAAAUGGCACGGAAAUGUUCGGUAA